AUGAGUUUGGAUCAGUUGAGGGGUGCUACUUGGUUCUCCAAGAUUGACUUGGCAUCGGGGUAUCAUCAGAUCCCGAUAGAUGAGGCAGAUGUCAGGAAGACUGCUUUCAGGACGCGUUAUGGGCAUUUUGAGUUUGUGGUUAUGCCUUUCGGUUUGACUAACGCGCCGGCAGCCUUCAUGAGAUUGAUGAACGACGUGUUCAGGGAGUAUUUGGAUGUGUUCGUCAUCAUUUUCAUUGAUGAUAUUCUGGUAUACUCGAGGAGUCAGGAGGAGCAUGCGACUCACUUGAGGUUGGUUCUGGAGAAGCUUCGGGAGCAGAAGCUUUUUGCUAAGUUGAGCAAGUGCAGUUUCUGGCAGCGAGAGAUGGGAUUUCUUGGCCACAUUGUUUCUGCAGAGGGAGUUUCUGUGGAUCCGGCUAAGAUUGAGGCUAUCAGAGAUUGGCCUAGACCUAGUAGUGCCACCGAGAUCAGGAGUUUUCUGGGUUUGGCAGGAUACUACAGGAGGUUCGUCAAGGGGUUUGCUACCAUGGCGCAGCCGAUGACGAAGUUGACCGGGAAGGAUGUCCCGUUUGUUUGGUCAGCUGAGUGUGAGGAGAGCUUUAGUCAGCUCAAGGAGAUGUUGACUACUACACCAGUGUUGGCGUUACCCGAGCCAGGGAAGCCUUACAUGGUGUAUACAGAUGCUUCAGGCAUUGGUCUUGGUUGUGUGCUGAUGCAGGAGGGCAGAGUGAUAGCAUAUGCUUCGAGACAGUGGCAGGGCAGUGAGCGUAACCGUCCUACACAUGACUUAGAGUUGGGAGCAGUGAUCUUCGCGUUGAAGAUUUGGAGGUCUUACUUGCUAGGUGAGACAGUACAGGUCUUCACGGAUCACAAGAGUUUGCAGCAUAUCUUCACUCAGCCGAUGAUGAACGCGAGACAGACGCGCUGGGUUGAGUUCUUGGCGGACUAUCAGGUGAGCAUUAACUACCAUCCGGGCAAGGCUAACCUAGUGGCGGACGCGUUGAGUAGACGGAGGUAUGAUUCCGCAGUUGAGCGAGAUGUGGAGUCUCUAGUUGGCGAGAUCAGUACCUUGCGUUUGUGUGCCAUUUCGCAGGAGCCUUUGGGUUUAGAGGCAGUGGAUCAGGCGGAUCUACUUAGCAGGAUCAGAGUUGCUCAGCAGAGUGAUCAGAGUUUGCUGGAUGCGACGAGAGUGACUGGUUCUGAGUAUGAGGUCUCUGCGAAUGGGACUAUCUUGGUUCGUGGGCGAGUUUGUGUGCCUAAGGAUGUGGAGUUGAGACAUCAGAUUUUGGGAGAGGCUCACGCGAGCAAGUUUUCCAUUCAUCCGGGAGCGACCAAGAUGUACCAUGACCUCAAGAGGUACUAUCAUUGGGUCGGGAUGAAGAGGGAUGUAGCAGACUGGGUUGCGAAGUGCAACACUUGUGCCUUGGUGAAGGCAGAGCAUCAGGUUCCGGGUGGUCUUUUGCAGAGUUUACCCAUUCCAGAGUGGAAGUGGGACAGGAUUACGAUGGAUUUCGUGGUUGGACUACCUGUUUCGAGGACUUUCGAUGCUAUUGGGAAGUUUGUGCGAGAGAUUGUGAGGCUGCAUGGAGUGCCAGCUAGUAUUGUGUCAGACCGUGAUCCCAGAUUCACUUCAGAGUUUUGGAGAGCGUUUCAGGCAGAGAUGGGCACUAAGGUGCAUUUGAGUACAGCUUAUCAUCCGCAGACAGAUGGUCAGUCAGAGAGGACUAUUCAGACUUUGGAGGAUUUGCUGAGGAUGUGUGUGUUGGAUUGGGGUGGCCAUUGGGCAGAUCACCUGAGCUUAGUUGAGUUUGCAUACAACAACAGCUUUCAGGCGAGUAUUGGCAUGGCUCCAUUUGAGGCUUUGUAUGGGAAGCCAU